AUGGCGUCUUCUAGCGGUGGGGGUGAUAAAGGGAUCGUCACUGGGAUGGUCACCCACCCGAAGCCCCUGGUCGACGCGAUGCUCUCCCAUCAAGAGACGUCUACUACGGCCAAGGAGAUCAUCUUGGCCCCAAAUAAGCAGGCUUUGGAGUCAGCGAGUCAGAGUAAAGAUAAGAUGAUCCACGCUAAUCCCAAGACCUUGCCAGCGACGGGGGCUAGCGACACCUACUCAACUGGGCCGGGUGCAUACACAGAAGGAGAUGUGGAGGAGGAGGAUGAUGAAGCGGUGGAGGUACUGCUAGAAGAUGAUGAAGUACAACUAGCUGGGCAGUGGACAGUUUUGUCGAGAUUCUACUCGCUUCGAUCACCCAAUCAAGCGGCUCUAUUUGAUGACAUGAAGCGUGCAUGGAGAUUGCGAGCUAACAUGAAGGUCAAGUCCCUGAGAGAUAACAUGUUUAUCAUCACCUUCAGCUCGGAAGGGGAUUACAACUUUGUGCUCCAGGGCGGUCCAUGGCUUCACCGUGGAGACGCUCUGCUUGUUGCAAAAUUCGAUGGCCUGACGAGCCCGUCCAUGGUUCCCCUUGAGUUUGUGCCAAUCUGGGUCAGGAUUUAUGACCUCCCCUUGGUGCUUAUGACAAAGAGGAGGGGAGAACUGUAUGGCAGCAAACUUGGACAUGUGAGGGAAGUAGAUGUUGGUGAAGAUGGCAGAAACAAGCAUGACUUCUUCCGGAUCCUGCCUUUUGAGAGAAGAAUGAGCACAAUCCAUGGCCAACAAAAGUCAGGAGUGGCACGCAAUCUGGCCUUCCGUGGAGCAGGGAGUGCAAGCUCGUCAUCCUCCAAACAGGGGAAAGGUAAAAGCAGGGAGGAGAUUAUUCCUGACAGGGUCGAUGCUCAGGAUGGCUUUGAGGGAAGAGAAGAUGUGGGGGACGGGGUGGUGGAUGAACUGCUAGCUAGUCAGACUAGCAAUCUGAACAUGUCAGGUGAGAAUAUGGUGCAGAAAGGAGAACCGGUGGGUAUGGAGGAGGAACAACGCCAUCAGCUGUCAACAUCUAACCUUGUUUCUGAUACUGAUAUGAUUCUAGCAAUACAGAACCUGCAGCAACCGGCAUCCUUUGGAGGAGAGUCUUCCGAGGACAUCAGUGAUACCAACCGGAAAAGAGUGCAACCACAGAGCGGGAGCAAGAUAUCCGACAGAGUUCAACAGGCCUUAGUAUUGUAUGGUCAAGGAUCUGGUAGAGAACAGGCUAAGCAGGUGGACCCAAAGGAGCCAGCGAGAGCUCUCAAACGGUUUCGGAAGACGGAGGUGGAAAGUAUGGAAGUUUUGGAAGCAACCAGUCCUGGGGCUACUGUUCGCGAUCUGUGUGGCCUAGUUAAAGAGGCCGAUUCCCAAAUUGUUUUCCUAAGUGAGACUAGACAGAAGGCGGAUAGAAUCAGGCGUUUACGGAAUAGGUUGGGUCUUAGAGGUUUUGCUGGAGUUGAUAGUGAUGGAAUGAGUGGGGGGCUCGCUUUGUACUGGCAUGAGUCUGUUAAUGUGGAAAUAAAAGCUUUGUGUGAGAGAUAUAUUGAUGCUUAUGUUCGCUUGUCGCCGGAUGGCCCUCUGUGGCAUGCCACCUUUGUGUAUGGUGAACCUAGAGUUGAGAAUAGGCACAAUAUGUGGUCGAUGCUCCGGUCUCUGAGGAAUUCAUCCAAUUUACCUUGGCUUGUUAUUGGUGAUUUUAAUGAAGCUCUUUGGCAGGGCACACCCUUUACUUAUGAUAAUAAGCGCCAGGGAAGAAACAAUGUUAGAGUGAGACUUGAUCGUGCCAUUGCUGACAAUGCAUGGCGUGAUACCUUCCCUAAUGCGACUCUUGCACACCUGGCCUCCCCCCGUUCAGAUCACUGUCCCAUAUCCUUGCAACUGUCUCAGGAGAUGAAACAGCCAGCCAGGAAGAAAAUCUUGCAUUAUGAAAUAUGUUGGGAACGUGAGCCGUCUUUGCCAGAAGUUGUGCAGGAAUCUUGGGUGGAAGCAGGGACUAAAUCUGACCUGGGUGAUAUUAGUGCUGCUCUACGUAAGGUCAUGGCAUCUCUGCAUUCCUGGAGUAAGGUAAAAUUCAAGAAUAUUGGCCGUGAAUUACAGAAAGCUAGGAAAAAGCUUGCUGAGCUGCUGGAAACAUAUGCAGAUAGUGCUGCUGUUCGCCAAGCCUCGGAUCACAUGAACGAACUACUUUAUCGUGAAGAGAUGUUGUGGUUACAGCGCUCACGGAUUAACUGGCUAAAGGAGGGCGACCGUAACACUCGCUUCUUUCAUAGUAAGGCUGUUUGGAGGGCAAAGAAGAAUCGGAUUCAGUCUCUUAAAGACAGUGCUGGCACUGUACACCGUUCGGCAACAGCAAUGGAGCAGCUGGCUACUGAAUAUUUUCAGGAAGUGUAUUCUGCCGACCCUAGUCUGGAUCACAGUAUAGUGUCAAGUUUCUUCCAGUCGAAAGUUUCAGCACAGAUGAAUGAGGCUUUAUGCAGCGAUUUAACAGAAGAGGAGAUCUCUACCGCCAUCUUCCAGAUCGGCCCGCUGAAAGCGCCGGGCCCCGAUGGAUUUUCGGCCAAGUUCUAUCAACGAAAUUGGGGCACAAUUAAAAGUGAGGUAGUCAAGGCAGUUCAUAAUUUCUUCAUCAUAGGAGUGAUGCCGGAGGGGAUAAAUGACACAGCAAUUGUUUUGAUUCCGAAGAUUAAGCAGCCCACCCAACUGAAGGACUACCGGCCGAUCAGCCUCUGUAAUGUCAUUUAUAAAGUGGUAAGCAAAUGUCUGGUUAACAGGCUGAGACCGUUCCUAGAUGAACUGGUUUCGCCUAAUCAAAGUGCUUUUGUCCCUGAGCGUCUUAUAACUGACAAUGCUCUAGUAGCUUUUGAGUGUUUCCAUUUCAUACAAAAGAACAAGAAUCCAAACAAGGCUGCAUGUGCUUACAAGUUGGACCUGUCCAAGGCUUACAACAGGUGCUAUGGAAGCAGAUUACUCGCGUGCAGGGAGGGUAUUGCAAUGGCGCUUCAAUGGACGUUCCUGCCUUUCAUUGUGGAAACUGAUUGCUUAGAGGUGUUUAAUCUAAUUCAAUCAAAAGAGAAGGUGCUGUCCGAGUUAGCUUUUGUUGUCAAGGAGGUUCAGGUCCUCAUGACAGGCAACAGGGAGAUUAAAGUCAGGAAGGAGUCCCGUGAUCAGAAUAGUGUUAGUCAUCAUUUCCUUGCUAACAAGGGAAGAUGUGAGGCCUUAACUUCUUUCUGGCCUGAUAACACUUGUAAUCUCAUUUCACAUCUCAUCGAUGUGGACUCAAUUGAGUAA